CCACAGGCUUCCUUCACGCUCCCAGGAGCGCAGCGCAUUUGUACUUGCCAACGGCCCUGGCGCUCGAAGUCUGGGACGCUCUCGGUGCCUUCGAGCAGACCUGAAUCGCUGAGGGAGGAAGGCGAAGGACGCGCGCGCGCGGGGCUGCAGCAUGGCGCGGGCAAUGCAGAUGGCGGGUGCGGCCGUGGCCGGAGCGCCGACGAAGAGCGCCUUCGUGUCCGGGACGCCUGUUCCCGAUCUGAGGCGCGUGCAGCUGAGCGCCCCUCGCAGGUCCGUCUCCGUGGUCGCGAAGCGCGGCGAAUGCGACGAAGGCAAGAAGUUGCCCGUCGCCGUCACGCUCACCAGCUCGAUGCUCAUGUUUCUGCAGAGCGCCGCCGCUGCCCAAGCGCUUUCCCGACAGGACGUUGAGGACGCGUUCACCAAGGUCGAGGAGAUCACCGGUACCGUCACCUCCACCGCCGGGACUGCCUACGAUGCCACCAAGAACAUUUUCGAUAAGGUGCUGACCACGGUAAAACCCGGAAUCGACAUCGCAGCUCCCCUCGUCCAGAAGACUGCGGAGACUGUCACAAAAUAUGCCUCUCCUCUGGCUUCAGAUGCCGCCAGAGAAGCACAGAAGGCAUUGAAGAAUGCCGGAGUGGACACCGAGCCAGUUUUGGAAUUUGGAAAGUCGGCUGUUGACCAGACCUCCAGCGCCUUGAACGCUGCUAAACCCUUGGGUUCAUCAUUCUUAGAAUCUGCCCUAGCAGCUGAUCCUCUCUUCCUUGCAGAGGCAGCCGGAGGCCUCGUUUUGGUUUACUUGUUUGCUCCUGCUUUGCUCUCAGGUUUGGGCGACGCCGCAAGGGGUUACUCUGGAGAUUUGACCGCCGCCCAGGCUUUGGAUCUCUUGUUGAAACAGGAUUACACCAUCGUAGACAUCCGAUCAGAGAAGGAAAAGUCUAGGUCUGGCAUUCCGAGCUUACCAAGCAACGUCAAGAACAAGUACAUCGCAGUUCCAGUAGAGGAGCUGCCGGGCAAGGUUAGGAAUCAAAUUAGAAACUCUCGCAAGGUCGAAGCCGAAGUCGCUGCCCUGAAGAUCGCAUAUCUUAAGAAACUUAACAAGGGAUCCAGGAUAGUGAUUAUUGAUGAGUCUGGCGACAUAGCCAAGACCGUGGCCAAGUCCCUCAGAGGCCAAGGAUUCAAAAACACUUGGGUGGUCGUCGACGGUUUCAAAGGAGGCAGGGGAUGGGUUCAGAGCCGGUUGGGAACAGACAACUACGGCAGUUCUUCCUUUGCGGAGGUCCUCUCUCCAUCGAGAAUUAUCCCUGCCAGAUUCGGAACCACUCGUGGAACCACCCGUCUUCUUCCCGGGGGAGCCGAUGACUAAUCUGUACAUUUUAUUUUUCUGUCUUAUUUUCAAGUAUUUUGUGAUUGUUUAUCACUUGUAGAAUACGUAGGUAGCUAGUACUCUUUUAAGUUCAGUUGACAGCCUACAAUUGUAGGCAAAAGUCAUGUUUUCUCGGGGUUUUGUAGAUCAAGGUAGAGCAUUCUGAGAAACUUGAAGUGACCUUCUAAUUUGAUGACACGCUUCUCGUUGAGAAAAAAGUGGUUCGUAGGUCUCCUGUCUCGCUAGAUUGGCGAGUCGUGGAUUGUAAUCCAAGAAAUUAUUGGCUUUUUAUGCCAAGUUAAGGAAAGGUUAGUGGAUCCUGAGUCAGACCACAUCUAGCCGUGCUCCUCUUUCCAUACUUU